AUGCUACGAACGCCAGUGCCCACAACCUGGAAUCCCGUAGAAGAUUGGAUACCUGGAGCGAACUUUCUUCGGAACGGCUAUCGCAAGAAGACCAGGCUGGGCAGCUAUCCCUUUACCUACGACCACGGGCUCGUCAAGGAAAUGACAGAUCCAUGGAUGAAGGGAAAUCUUCCAGUAGACUUGGUUGGGUUCAGCGACGUACUUAUUUACUACUACAUCACCAACGUAACGCAAAGGAGGACCUAG